CCAAACUAGCAAUAUAUAUAUAUAUAUAUAUAUUGGAAACGGAGUAAUAUAUUAGCAUAAGUAUAAUACAUACAUAUAUAUAGAGAGAGAAAAUGUAAAGAAUGAAAGAGUUUGUGCAAAAGAGGGAGAGAAGCAUGAGUGCAAAGAGGGAGAGUGAGGAAUUUAAGCUCAUGUUUUGACAACACAUUCAAAGACCAAACUAGCAAUAUAUAUAUAUAUAUAUAUAUUGGAAACGGAGUAAUAUAUUAGCAUAAGUAUAAUACAUACAUAUAUAUAGAGAGAGAAAAUGUAAAGAAUGAAAGAGUUUGUGCAAAAGAGGUAGAGAAGCAUGAGUGCAAAGAGGGAGAGUGAGGAAGCAGUGUUGUGGGCAGCCGUUGAAAGGGCAAAGAAGAGAUGCAGGGCGGUGGUCGAUGGAAUAGAAAGAUUAGAUUCCUCAAAAAUCACCCUUUCCUGCAAGCGAACGAUACUCAGAUUGGCCCACUCUGAGCUCUCUUUCCUUUCUCGCUUUUCUAUAUCACUCUCUUCCACUCCCAAUCCCAUUCUCAACUCGUCUCUCAGUGUUAACAUUGGUCAUCUCGAGGCAGUCUUACACAUUCUUCAGCAACCAUAUAUAAAAGGAGUUUCUCGUGUUUGUAAGUCAAUUCCUUUGUCACAAAAGGGGCCAAAAAGUAAUUCAUGUCUGAAAGGCAUCCAUGUUGAUAUAGUCUGUAGUCUCAAUGGAGAGCCAGUCUGGUUUAUUGUAUCAGAUAGAAACCCAAAGUAUAUAUCUUGGAAUGGGUCUUGUAGAAAUAAGGGCUUGAGAAUGCGAAUUGAACAAGUUCUUGAUGCAGCCCGGUCCUCCAUAACGGUGAGACCUUCUUCAGUCAUCCUUUUCUUCUCAAAUGGACUUGAUGACAGUGUUCGCGGGAAGCUUGAAGAUGAAUUUAGAGCUUCUAAGUUCGGAAUGGAGUUUUCUUACUUUGAUUUUGGGUUCUCUGAAGAACUAGAGGGUGAAUGGAUUAAUGUACUUGUGAGAUCUUAUCAACAGGCGUGUGUACUUGAAAUAAAUGUUGACUGUUCUAAUAAUUCCAUUCCAAGGAUUAAAUUUGGGGUCAACGAUUCACUCCUGGGUGCUGACAGACAAGACCUUUCAGAGGAGCACAUUGGUCUAAACCUGGGUGGUUCUUUCUGUUCUCUCGUUUCAAGAAUGAUACUAUGCUCUUUGGAUGUAAAAGAUGAAGAAUCUGUUCAACCAAAGGACUCAUCAGUUCAAGCCAAUCUGAUAAAUUUGGAUACAACUGCAUUGAUAGCUAUUGUAUCGGGAAUCAGUAACAAUGGUACAGAGAAACUCUUGGCUACACCCGAGAGUGAAUUAAGAAGGCGGUUUAAGAGCAACUUCGAGUUUGUGAUUAACCAGGUGAUGUCUGAAAUUGAAAAUCCAAUCCAUUUGGAACUGGGUGGUAUACUAUCUAGAAAGAGAGGCAUGAUAUGUGAAAGCGUUUGUUUCGAGUUUGCGGAGCUAGUGUCAAUGUGUGGGGGGCUGAAUGAGAAACUAAGAGCUGAUCACUUAAUAAAAUGCCUCAUGAUUGUGCCUGACAGUCCGUCAGCACGCAUGUCGAGCCUUCCAACCACCAGGAAGCUAUCCUUGAAGAACAAGGUUGUUUUUGGCAGUGGAGAUUACUGGCAUGCUCCUACUUUAACUGCAAACAUGGCUUUUGUAAGAGCUGUUUCACAGACCGGAAUGUCUCUAUUUACCAUAGAGCAUAGACCUCGUGCCUUAAUUGGUGAUUAGUGCUCUAUAGUAGUUGAUGUAAAUGAUUUUGUAUGUGUUCAUGGAGAAAGCCUUGUAGUCGAUAGAAGCCUCAUCAAUAUUGUCAGAAUGUAGCAGUUUCAAAUUAGAUGAAUCAUUCUCAUUUAGUUGAUAUCACAAAUGUCAAGUUUAGAAGCAGACAUUCGCACUAUGCCACUUCCAUGUAAGGGUUCAAAGUUUUACAAAUUAAUGUGCUUACUUGACAUGCUCAUUUUGUUAUUGUUGUUCA